GAGAGUACGAUCAUUCGUGAGCGGGAGUACUUUUCGUCGGUGAUCGAAUGGUAGCGUUUUGUGUUUUGUAGUGGCUUUACAAUAAUUACCGUGUUCACAAACAUAUUUAACACGAAUCUCAGUAAAAUAUAACUCAGAACUAUUGUGUGGCUGUUUAUGUAUGCAGCAUUUAGGCAUUGUGUGCGUGAAAUAAAAAUUACGAUACAAAAACAUUUUCGUAUAUCGCGAAUUAAUAUUUAUGUAUCGUGAAGAUUAAUAAGAAGUAUGACUGGAAACUGUGUCUUUUGACGCAAAAUUCGAACGUUCACAAUAAUCUCUCAUCGCCACAACGCUCCCGCGGCUCGUAUUUCAAUUAAAAAUAAGACUGAUUUAAGGUUAACGUUAAAUAAACGUACAUUCCUUUUGAAAUCUCAACGAAGUAACAUGAAUCUCGGGACGAUGACUUAGAUUAACACGAAGCUCUUGAGAACAAGAAACAGAUAUUGAAAAAUCAGAAUUAUAUCAUGCGAUAGAAGGCUAGAAAGGUCACGAUGUUCAAGUUAUUAGCGCGGUUGAGCGUGUACUUCAAGUACCAGCCGAUUAAGAUAGACAACGCGGUGUUCAGACUGCACAACGUGUUCACGACAGUGCUGCUGAUGACGUGUUCCAUCAUCAUCACCGCGACGCAGUAUGUGGGGAAUCCGAUCCAGUGCAUCGUCAGCGGGUUACCGACAAAUGUAGUGAACACUUUCUGCUGGAUUACGUCUACAUUUACAAUGCCCGAUGCCUUCACCAGAGAGGUGGGCAAGGAAGUAGCACAUCCUGGUGUAGCCAACGAAUAUGAUGGGUCACAGGAGAAGAAGUAUUAUACCUAUUACCAGUGGGUGUGUUUUGCACUCUUCUUUCAGGCAUUAAUGUGCUACACACCCAAGUUCCUAUGGGAUGCGUUCGAAGGCGGACUGAUGCGCACCAUAGUCAUGGGGCUCAACAUCGGCGUCUGCCAUCAAGAAGAAAAAGAGAAGAAAAAAGACGUCCUCAUUUGGUACCUGCUUAGACAUGAGAGGACGCACAAGCUAUACGCGCUGCGAUACUGGGGCUGCGAGUUGCUGUGCCUGGUGAACAUCGUCUUCCAGUUAUGGAUGAUGGACCGGUUCUUCAACGGGGAGUUCUUCACCUACGGCACCAGAGUUCUAGGGUAUAGCGAGGUGCCGCAAGAAGAAAGAUAUGAUCCAAUGAUCUACGUGUUCCCGCGUGUAACGAAAUGUACAUUCCACAAAUUCGGCGCAUCAGGCAGUAUACAAACGCACGACAGUCUCUGCAUUCUGCCUCUGAACAUUGUCAACGAGAAAACUUACAUCUUCAUUUGGUUCUGGUACAUCAUACUUGCAGUUUUAUUAUGUCUCCUCGUUAUAUACAGAUUAGUGAUAAUCUUCGUGCCGUCGGUGCGGCCUCGACUUCUGCAUGCGCGCUCGCGCACCCUGGCGCGUGAGACUGCCGUUGUCGUCUCCCGCAGGACCGACCUUGGAGAUUGGUGGCUGCUCUACAUGCUCGCCAGAAACAUUGACCCCCUUAUUUACAGAGAGUUAAUCUUGGAACUGGCGAAACGCAUGAACGAGAAGGCGGGUCCACGGGCGUGACGUCGAGCCCCGCCCAGCGCGCCAUCGCCGCCGCCAGACCCCAUCGCCACCAUAGACGUCUGACACUGAACCCACACGCCACCGCCCCACAUUCAAAUUUGCACUGUCCUCAAAAUGGAGUUCAGGAUUUGGAGUUUAUUAUAUAAGAUGCACUGGGGGACAUAGUUGUUGGAUGGAAAAAGGUUAUUACAAUAUUUAAAAUAUGUAUAGGACUUUAUAACUGGGCCCUAGUGAUUCGUUAAUUCUAAUAACGGAGACAAAAUAUUCAAGUAUGAUUAUAAUUUUUCAUGUUAUGCAGUUGGAUUUUUAAUUAUAGAUAUAAUAAACUGACGGUGGGUUGCUAGGUUUUGAUUAAAUGAAAAUAGUGUUGUCUUUUUCUUUUUACUUUUUCAUUUACUGAUUCACUCAGUCGUCAACAAGUUAAUUAUCUUUUUAAUAAUUUGUAGACAUUAUAAUUAUUAUUACAAAGAUCGAACGCAAAAUAAAUUCGCUCUGACAGGACGGAUAG